AUGUCUUUCGCCACAGUUGCUCUCCGUGCCGCCAAAAAGCCCGCUGGCUCUCGCGCAUUCCACACUCCCUUUGCUCUACUCGGCACGUCGCCAUUGACCGCAUCCACAUCCGCACCCCCUAAUGAGCUCGCAUACCAAUACGAGAAGCAGUACUAUGACCUGCCUCACGAGCCCCUCAUGUCCUCCUCGGGCUACCGCACAUACGUUGUCUCAGAGCCAGACGCGUCCUCCAGGCACUAUGAAGUCCCUGCAGGCGCAUACCCUACAUCAUCGCCCUUUUUGCACCACUUUGGCACCACCGCCGCGCCGGAAGUUGGCAGCGCGCAAUAUUCAUCUACCAGCCCGAAUCUUCUCGCACAUGGAUUCACUACACGCGCUGCACCGCAGCAUCCCGGAGGAGUAGGCGAGAGCUCCGCGGUGCGCUUCAAGGCCGCACCAGGCGAGAUGGGCGCGCGCGGAGGAGGGUAUGGCGGAGCUGGCCUGGUCGAUGCAAAGGGGACCAAGGCGGGUGUGGGCAGUCUGGGCGAGAGGAACCCGCAGCCCGAUAGCAAAGUCGCGGAACAAUAUUCAAAAGCGGGCGUAGACAGCGCAUGGAAGCUGAGAAAGUAA